AAUCAACUCUCGGGCGCGAUCGCAGCCCGAGGAUGACGUCACCUGGCUCUUUCCUUCUUCAAACAAGUUGACGGGAAUCGUCAAGCGCCCACCCUGAAGUUCCCCUCCGGCGUGACGUCACCACGCCGGCCCCCCUCCCGGCGCGGCGACGGAAAGAAGGGGCGAGCGAGCGGGCUCGCGCACGUGACGGCGGGCUCGCGCGGGUGCGGAACGGACGCCGAGGAACAGGAGGAGAGAAGAAAAAGUGCCGACGACACUUUGCGUCUGGAACCAGCGACGGGCGUCCGAGAAAGCGAACAAGAAGAACAAGAAGAAGAAGAUGGACGCCUGGACAACUUUGUUGCUCUUGUCGCUCCACGUGACGGCAGCCAUCGCAGCGUGUCUGUUGGGACAAGGCCCGGAGUGCGCUCUGCUUCAGUCCAAAGACGACGACUCGGACUGGGAAGCGGGGCCGCCGCCGCCUCCUCGGCACGCCGACGCCUGGAUGCCGACAGGCUCGUCCCCCUUCGUGUUUGCCAACACCAGCGGUCGCGGCGGCGGCGGUCGACGCGCUCGCCUGCUGAUGUCGCCGCUCAAAGAGAACGACACGCACUGCAUCGCUUUCCUCUUCUACCAGGACGCCACGCUCAACGUCUACGUCAAAGAGAACGGCGGUCCCCUGGCGCUUCCCGUCUUCAACUCAUCGGCUCACGGGCGCCGCACGUGGAACGCCUUGGAACUGGCCGUGUCCACGUUCUGGCCGAACCUCUACCAGGUGGUCUUUGAGGCGGUUGGCGGUGGGUCCGCGGGGGGCGUGGCCAUCAAAGACCUAUCGCUGCAGGGACACCAGUGCACCAGCGCGCCUCACUUCCUGCACAUCAAAGGCGUGGAAGUCAAUGCGGGCCAGGCGGCCAUCUUUGCGUGCACGGUGAGCGGUCGCCCUCGCGACGACGUCCGCCUCCUCCUGCAGGGCGCGAGUGGGCGUUGCACCGUCGCCACGGAAACCAGGCCGGUGAACUCGCGGCGUUACGUGGCGACCUUUCACGUGGACAACACCACCAAAGAAGACUCCGGCCGCUACCGCUGCAUCGGCCGAUCGGGGCACGGAGUGGGCGUGUCCUCCUACGCCGACCUCACCGUCAAGCAGCCCCCCGUGCCCAUCGCCCCCCCUCAGCUGACGGCGGUGGGCGCCACCUACCUGUGGAUCCAACUCAACGCCAACUCCAUCAAUGGCGACGGUCCCAUCGUGGAGCGCGAGGUGGAGUACCGCACGGCGACGGGCAUGUUGAUCGACACGACGCCGGUGGACAAGGCCACGCACAAAAUCGGCCACCUGGACCCCGAUACCGAGUACCGCAUCAGCGUGCUGCUCACCCGGCCCCUGGAGGGCGGCACGGGAAACCCCGGGCCGCCGCUGCGCGCUCGCACCAAAUGCGCAGAGCCACUGCACGGUCCACGCGGCCUGCAGGUGGCGUCGGUGCGCUCCAAAGAAGUGACGCUACGCUGGGACUCUUUGGGCUACAGCGUGACACGCUGUCACCGCUACAAUUUGACGCUGCAGUACCGCCUCCGGCCCGCGGGGGCGGCAGAGGCCGAGGAGCGGCAAGAAGCGGCGUACGAGGCGCGGGGCGCGGCGCCGCAGCACGUCCUGCGCGACCUCACGCCCUUCACCAACGUCAGCAUCAAGCUUAUCCUCAGCAACCCCGAAGGACGCAAGGAGAGCGAGGAGCUGCUGGUGCUGACGGACGAGGACGUUCCCGGAGCGGUUCCGCUGGCGUCCAUCGGGGGCAGCGGCUACGAGCAGCGCAUCCGGCUCAGCUGGGCGCCGCCGCUGCAAACGUACGGACGGAUCCGCCACUACGAGGUCUCCUUCAAAGCCCUGAGCUCGUUCGACUCGGACGUGGACCUGAGCAAUCAGAGCGGGAAGGUCCUGAAGGCGGCCAACGAGACGGCUCACGUGUUCACCGGCCUCUUCCCGGGCUCCACUUACUCCUUCACGAUAAGAGCGGCCACCGCCAAAGGCUCGGGACCGCCCGCCGUCACGCAGUUCACCACCAAGAUCUCAGCUCCCGUCAUGCCCACGUACGAGCGACAGCCGCCGAUCAACCAGAGCGACGCCACCGUCAGCGUCCUGCUGCGGCCGGCGCGCGGCCGCGGCGCCCCAGUCAGCAAGUACCAGGUGGUGGUGGUGGAGGAGGAGCGCCCCCGCAGGCAGACGAGGGGCACCGCCGAAAUCUUGCGCUGCUAUCCCGUCCCCGUCCACUUCCUGAACGCCACGCAGCUCAACUCGCACUACUACUUUAGCGCCGAGCUAGCCGUCAGCCACAUCAACAAGCCCACGCCGUUUUGCGUCGGUGAUAACGACACAUAUGGAGGAUUCUGGAAUGUUCCUCUACUGCCUCACAAGAGUUACGCCAUCUACUACCAGGCAGUCAGCAGUGCUAACGGGGAGACAAAGAUUGACUGCGUCCGUGUGGCCACUAAAGCCGCGAUCAUCAGCACUCAGCUCAGCACGCCGCACGCCGCCCUGGGCUUCGGCCCCCGAGGCCCCGGCGCCGCCGGCGACAAGCGAUUAGCAGGCGCGGCCACCAAAAAGCCCGAAGCGGAUCACGAGAAAGAAUCGGACCACACGGUGAAGAUCGCCGGCGCCGCGGCCGGCGUCUUGCUCUUCAUCAUCAUCUUCCUCGGGCUGGUCCUCCUCAUGAAAAAACGGAAGUUGGCCAAGAAGAGGAAGGAAACGCUCAGCUCCAGACAGGAAAUGACUCUCAUGGUCAACAAUUCCCAGCACACAACAAUGGUGGAAGCGCACGCGCAAACUCUCAAUGGACACACAGUGUCAUCUGCGUCGUCCUUCACCAUGAAGACAAACAGCAGCACGAUUCCAAAGUGCUACUACGCAGACGCGUCGGUGCCGACUGCCAUUUUAGUUCCCAUUCAUGAUGAGCUGGGCAGCGAGACCGGCGGCCUGGUCCAGAACCACCUGAAGCAACGCGAGGCGGAGCGCGAGCCGCCCCCUUACCACCCCGACCCGGCCCAGAUGCACCCGGCCAUCCGCGUGGCCGACCUGCUGCAGCACAUCACGCAGAUGAAGUGCGCCGAGGGCUACGGCUUCAAGGAGGAGUACGAGAGUUUUUUGGAGGGUCAGUCGGCACCUUGGGACUCAGCCAAGAAGGACGAGAACCGAAUGAAAAAUCGCUACGGAAACAUCAUCGCCUACGACCAUUCUCGUGUGCGCCUGCAGCCUCAAGAUGGAGACAAGGGGUCAGACUACAUCAAUGCCAGCUAUGUCGACGGUUACCACCGGCCCAAGCGCUACAUCGCCACGCAAGGUCCCAUGCAGGAGACCGUGUAUGACUUUUGGCGAAUGGUGUGGCAGGAGAACACGGCUGCCAUCGUCAUGGUAACCAACCUGGUGGAGGUGGGGCGGGUGAAGUGUUGCAAGUACUGGCCCGACGACAGCGACAUCUUCGGCGACGUUUCCGUGACGCUGAUGGAGACGCAGCUGCUGUCGGAGUACGUCGUUCGAACCUUCGCGGUGGAGAAGAGGGGCGCGGCCGAGAUCCGGGAGAUCCGGCAGUUCCACUUCACGGGCUGGCCCGACCACGGCGUGCCGCCGCACGCCACCGGACUGCUGGGCUUCGUACGCCGCGUCAAGGCCAAGACGCCGCCUGCCGCCGGGCCCACCGUCGUGCACUGCAGCGCCGGCGCGGGCCGCACCGGCUGCUUCAUGGUGAUCGACAUCAUGCUGGACAUGGCCGAGCGCGAGGGCGUGGUCGACAUCUACAACUGCGUACGAGAGCUGCGGGCGCGACGGGUCAACAUGGUGCAGACCGAGGAGCAGUACGUUUUCAUCCACGACGCCAUCUUGGAGGCGUGUUUGUGUGGCGAUACGUCCGUCCCGGCCAAUCAGCUGCGUUCCGUCUGCUACGACAUGAACCGACUGGACCCGCAGACCAACUCCUGUCCCAUCAAGGAGGAAUUCCGGACGCUGAACAUGGUGACGCCGACGCUGCGCGUGGAGGACUGCAGCAUCGCCUUGCUGCCGCGCAACCACGACAAGAACCGCUGCAUGGACGUGCUCCCUCCCGACCGCUGCCUGCCCUUCCUCAUCACCAUGGACGGCGAGAGCUCCAACUACAUCAACGCCGCCCUCAUGGACAGCUACAAGCAGCCGUCGGCCUUCAUCGUCACGCAGCAUCCGCUGCCCAACACCGUCAAGGACUUCUGGCGCCUGGUGCUGGACUACCACUGCACCGCCAUCGUCAUGCUCAACGACGUGGACCCCGCGCAGCUGUGUCCUCAAUACUGGCCCGAGAACGGCGUCCAUCGUCUGGGCUCGCUGCAGGUGGAGUUCGUCUCGGCCGACCUGGAAGAGGACGUCAUCAGUCGCAUCUUCCGAAUCUACAACCACACCAGGCCCCAGGACGGCUACCGCGCGGUGCAGCAGUUCCAGUUCCUGGGCUGGCCGAGGUACCGGGACACGCCGGUCAGUAAGCGCUCCUUCCUCAAGCUGCUCUACCUGGUGGACAAGUGGCACGACGACGGCGGGGACGGACGCACGCUCGUGCACUGCCUGAACGGCGGCGGCCGCAGUGGCGUGUUCUGCAGUGUCAACAUUGUGUGCGACAUGUUACGACAGCAGCGAUCUCUUGAUGUUUUUCACGCUGUCAAAACGCUGAGAAACAACAAACCCAACAUGGUGGAACUUCUGGACCAAUACAAGUUUUGUUAUGAGGCGGCUCUGGAGUUUUUGUCCUCGGCGUAGCGGGAGAACAACACCGCUUCCCGCUGCCCUUCGUCAUCCUCAUCCUCACCCUUCUCUCGAUCAGCCUCCUCCAAUGGCCACGGUGCCGGCGGACACGAGCAGGAAGUCCAAAAGGAUGAGCGCAACUACUGGAAGUGGAGGACAUGUUUUUGCACUUCCCGUUUGAACGAUGUCACGCGCGUGUGUCUUUUGUGGACACAACUCGGCGGUUGGUAUCUUUGCAUCUGAGUGGAGCGUCCAUUCAAAGUUGAUGUGCCCGCUGGUCACGUGACGACGGCAAGAAGUCACCUUCAUCAUACACACACACACUGUUAUUUCUCCCGUUGUAUUUAAUCCCCUCCAAGAACUUGAACGUUGCGGACAUGCGUCUGUGCGUGAUGAGAGCACAGCGGCGAGUUGUGAGUUUUCAAAAUGCCAAAAGUGUUCCUCGUAUGAACGAUGAGUGUUGCUCUUGGAUUUGUGCCGGCGUUGUCCGAGACUGCGACUUGUGACAUUCGAUAUUUUGUAUAUAGAGGAGCGCAGCAAAGCCACUAUUUAUUCCUUCUUGUUGUCCUUAUGAAGCAUGCAGACACCGAUGGUGCUGAUGUUAAAUGUAUUUAUUGAAGAAUUGUAUUUGUCUUGUUUGGUUCCUAGCCUUCACAAAUAAAGACGUCAAGUUGUUGAAACGAGAA